AUGGCGACCCGCGUCGUGCUCACCGCGUUCACCCUCGUCGUGGCGGUGCCCGUGCUCCUGGUGCGCGUCCGCGCGGAGGACCUCCCGCCCGACCGCACCGAGGAGCUGGCCACCGACCUCGUCAUGCUGGAGAGGCGGGUGCGCGCCCUGGAGCAGCCAGUGUGGCAGGUGUCGUUGGGCGAGGCGCGCUGGCUGCAGUGCUGCGAGGGCCCCUGCCGCUGCCGCCCCGAGAUGCGCGCCCUCAGCUGCUGGCGCCACUCCCUCACCCAGCUGCCCCAGGGGCAGGGGCUGCCCGAGGACGUGCGCAGUAUCGACCUCAGCGUGAACCGGCUGACGACUCUUCACAAGGACGCCUUCAGAGGCCUGGUCCACCUCACGGAGCUGGAUCUGUACGACAACGAACUGGACUUCCUGCCGGAGUCGUUGUUCGAGUCGCUGGACAGUCUGCAGCACUUGAAGCUGCACAAGAACCGCCUGGAGGACCUGUCUGAACGCAUCUUCCUGCGGCUGUCCAACGUCCGCACCAUCGACAUGUCCUGGAACGGGCUUCGCCGCCUGCCCGUGGGGCUGUUCCGCGGGGCGCCGCGCCUCACGCUGCUGCGCCUGUCGCACAACGCGCUGGGCUCGCUGCCCGACACACUGCUGCAAGGCCUGCCGCGCCUCGAGGAGCUGGACCUGGCCGGCAACCGCCUGGACGGCCUGCCGCCCAAGCUCUUCCUGGGGCUCGGGGCGCUGCGCCGCCUCCGCCUCGACGACAACAGGAUCAAGGUCCUGCCGCAAGGCGUCUUCGGCGACCUGCAGCAGCUGGACUUCCUCAGCCUGCGCAAGAACAAGCUGUCCACGCUUCGGCCCGGCGUGUUCGACAGCCAGGCGCACCUCACCGUGCUCGAGCUGUCCGCCAACAAGAUCGCCUCGCUGGAGGGCGGUGAGUUCCAGUGGCUGCGGUCGCUGCUGGAGCUGCACCUGGGCCAGAACGCGCUGGAGGAGAUCCCCAGCGGCGUGCUGGCGGGCAUGCCGCGCCUCAGGAAGCUCUUCCUGUACAACAACAACCUGGCGGGGCUGGACCGCGAGGCGCUGCGCGGCCCGGAGAACCUCACCGCCCUGCUGCUCAACAACAACCUGCUGCGGCGGCUGGCCCCCGACACCUUCGCCGCCGUGCCGCGCCUCAAAAAGCUGCAGGUGGAUAGCAACAAGUUCCAGUUUCUGCCCGACGGCUCGCUGGACUACCUGCAGGAGCUGGAGUCCCUCAAGCUGGCCAAGAACCCCUGGCACUGCGACUGCGCCGUGCUGUACCUCGCCUCGUGGCUCCGCGCGCACCGCCGCCUGGUGUGGGACUCGAACCCCAAGUGCCGCGGCCCGGGGGACCUCGGCGGCCGCCUGCUGGAGAGCAUGACGUUCGACGACCUCUGCGAGGGGCAGUGGGCGUCCAUGGUGCGCCUCUCGCCCCGCGUGCCCGUCAAGGCCGCGGCCAUGAAAAAGACACGCUGA